AUGUGGCGCCUGCACUUGUUCCUAGUGGUCAGCACUUGCUUCUACAUACCACACGAUGCCAAGCCCACGAAGCGUUCCACCAUCCUGGACCAGGGAUCACCAUUUGCCUCCUCAACGCCCUCGUCACUGACCACCCUGAUAAUGGAUGUGAUGGCCUCCAGUACAAUGGAAGCCAGCUCCUCGACUGCUGCUACGACGACCGCACUCUUCUCAACCACAACAGAGACGGCGCCGAGGACACAAAGGGUGACGAAUAUUGGACGUCUGGCGGCCAAGGAUCUGGCUGACUUGCUCCUGGCCAGCAUGCAGGCUCGAGGCACCAAGCUGACACCCUUCCAAGAGGCCACCAUGAAGACCCUGCGCACUCCCGACGCCAAGGACUCGAAGGCCAACGCUGUGCUCCUCAAUCUGGGCAUGGAUGUGAUCAUUGAAAUUCUGAUUGGAGCUCGCCAGGAGGUCACUUGUGGUCGCGUUAUCCGGGAUAUCGAAAAGUCGCAAGACAGAAACAGUCUGACCCUUACCCUGAGGUCCUUCCUGGCCCUGUGCUCGUUUAAUGGCAUCGAAUGCUCCGCCGAUGAGGUCGUCCAGGUGAUCAAGGGCAGUCAGACCCGCCAGCGCCAGCAGGCCAAGGCUAUGGAGGAGCAGGCCGAGGGAUCCGGCAUCAGAACUGCCCGCCGCGUGGGCUCCGUCAAGGAUGACCGCGAAUCGGUGCUCAGCUUCCUUCGGGAACGCAACUUGGCUGAACAUAGUGCCAUUCUGAAUACCCUGCUGCAGGUGUGUGGAGCUUCCGGCGGAGAAUCUCAUAAAAUCAUCAGGAAUCUGAGGGAAAUGAGUCCCGACAGUCUCAGCCUGGUCCAGGUCAAUGCCUUCAGCUUGCUGUCCGUCUCCCUCCUGGACAGCCUGACCACAAUCGCCGAGGGCAAGCCCAGUGGACUGUGUGCCGCCACCACCGACAGCUGGAUCGUUCGCCUGCUCUCCAUGGGCGUAGCCAAGUCAGUGCUUCUGGGUCUGAUGACCGCCCUGGAUCGCACCAUUACCGCCCCCAACACCAUGGACCAGAUCGCCAAUGCCGCCGCCCUCAACAGUGCCGACAUUACUGCCUCCAAUUCCUUGAUAAACCCGAAGACCUUCACGGCUGCCAAGCGUCCCAGCCGUUCUGGAAACACCAUUGAUUCUGGCACUCAGAACUUGCUGAAUGGUGUUGGAAAUCAGGAUAACUUCUUGGCAGGCGUGGACCUUCCCGCCGCAGUCCUAGCCCAAGUGGCCAACAAUGCUGCCAAGUCUGGCAAUGUCAUAAAUGCGGCCGACGGUACUAUACUCAAGGGUACAGCCAACCAACAGAAUGAUGUGGCUGAUCUGAGAGUGAUUCCUGCAGUGAACGCGAUUGCCUUGAGCCAGAUUCCUGGCCAGUUUGAGGGCAAUACUGUCAACAUGGGCAGAGGCACUGUUAUAGUUGGCAACGACAAUGUGAGGAAUUCUCUGGUGAAUGGACAAGUUGCGGCGGCUGUUCAGGCUGUUGUGGCAUCUACGGCUGAUGGAAAAGCUAGCUCACCCUCUAGCUCUACGAGUUCUUCGGGCUCUUCUGGCUCUAGUUCUAGCUCUUCGGGAACGCCCAGCUCUUCUACGGGAUCCACAGGCACUUCAAGCUCCUCUAGCUCUUCCGGAACACCCAGUUCUUCAAUAACUACUGUACAAAAUGCUGGCAAUGUAAUCAACGAAGGCACUGGCAAUAAAAUCAAUGAUCUGAUACCAUUGGCCAUUCCUGCUGGUCUCAACCUUCCACUUCUUAGCCAAGUUCUUCCAGGAACUGCUGCUGGCAAUACUCUAACCCAGGGACCCACCGCCAUUGUUAAGGGAAACAAUAAUACCGUGGAGCGCGUUAUUGCCGCCGAUGUGCCAGUCCAGCUCUUCCUGCUCGUGAUCAGCGAGGUUCUAGGAGUUCCAGUGCAGAAUAUCAUAAAGAAGGACUCUGAUGUGGUCAUCGAGGGUAACAACAACCAUGUUUUCACCUUGGUGAAGGCCCAGAUCAUCGUCGAGGGUCUGGUGGCUGUACUGAAUAGCUUCAGCAACGGCACCACUGGCAACGGCCUGCUCUCCACCCUCAACGGCCUCGUUCUGACCAAUCUAGGCAACCUGCUCGGUUCGAUUUUGGGCGGAAAUACGAGCACCUCUAAGAGCCCAACUGGCGGACUUCUGGGCGGGCUCCUGGGCGGUCUAUUGAACAGCAACGGACUUGUCGGAGGCGUUGGCGGUCUGCUGGGAGUCGUCCUCGGCAUAGUGAGGCCCCUGCUGGCCGGAGUCCUCAAGGGAGUCAGUGGCCUGCUCGGCGGUCUCCUGGGCAGCGGCAGUCCAGUGGGUGGCUUACUGGGGGGCGUCCUUGGUGGUUCCAGUGCUUCGAGCACUGGCCUUCUCGGCGGAAUCCUCGGCAGUGCUAGCGGAUCUGGCGGUAUUCUCAGUGGAUUGCUCAACAACAUUGGAACAACAUCUGGUUCUUCAAGUUCUGGUAGCUCCUCCAGUACUGGCACUACUACUUCAAAUGGCACCUUUGCCGGCAACUCUCUUUCCCAAGACCCUGAGGUCUUCAUCAAGGGCAACAACAAUGUGUUUGCCACUCUGCUCGAUAUCAAUGGCAAUGUCCUGGCUCAAGUUCCUAUUCUUUCCGACCUGCUCGGUAUCCUGGGACUCGGCAAUGUUGUUCGCACCGGGCCUAAAAUGAUAAUCAUUGGAAAUAACAACAAGGUCACCCGUUUGAUAAACCUGGACAUAACUGCCCUUCUCUUCAUCGAUGUCCUGAACAUAAUCCAAGGCAGCGGUGGUGUUUGCAAUGUGCUUGAUGAGGGUCCUGGCACCAAGAUUGUGGGCGACGACAAUCAAGUUUUCCAACUGAUUGACCUGGACCUGAGCGUCUUGCUCAGUGUGGAUAUUCUCAGCCAGCUGAUUAGCACUUUGGCCAAUGAUUGUGGCAGCACCACCGUAGCACCCACUACCACCACAACAACAACCACUGCAGCACCCACUGUUGCACCACCCACUGUUGCGCCACCUACUGCUGAGCCACCAACUGAGCCGCCUUAUGGCCCGCCAACUAAUGAGCCACCAACCAAUGCUCCACCCACCAACUCGCCACCCACCAAUGCUCCACCCACCAAUUCUCCACCAACCAAUUCUCCUCCCACCAACUCUCCACCCACAAAUCAGCCACCCACUAAUCAGCCACCCACCAACCAACCACCCACUAGUCGGCCUCCCUCCCCGAGUCCUAACAACUGCUACCGCAGAUACUGCCGGAAGUGGAGGACCCGCCCCAGCUACCUCUGCUACAAGCACUGCGGCGGCGACUACACCUACAGGCCCAACUAG